AUGAAUUCUCUCUCAUUGACUCGGUCCUAUUUACUAGAGUUAACAAUCGGAGAACAUUAUGCCCGAGCCACUCAGACGGUGCCACUGUUUGCAAUACUAGGCACAGAUACUGAUUAUGAGACAAAACACUCAUACUUAAUACUGUAUUUGGUGAACAAAGUUCCAAGAAACUGUGGUGGCGACCAGUGUUCGAGGUUAUAUGAUAUUGUUCCGUUAAUAUUAUUUAUCUUACUAUGGGGUGCUCGUCCUAGGGUGGCGAAGUGCAAGGGGCAGUGCAUCACAUAUGCGAUGCAAUUAGGGUGCGGGAAGUUUAUGUCAAAACAAAUUUGUGCCAAGUAG